AUGUCAGCUGUAAACAGUACAUUGUUGGAGCACUCGAAUAGACUUGAACAAUUUAAAAAUCAAGAGUCGGAUAGCGAGGCGAUCAGAUUGAGAAACGAAAAUCUUGAACUUAAAAAGGAAAAUGGGCGCUUGACAGAACAGAUCAAUAUUUUGAGUUGCACUCUAACUGACCUUCAAGAUAAAGUGAAACAAGUGGAAGAAGAGAAAGCCA